GCACCAUGGCGGAGCAGCUCGCCAUGCGCCUGGACGGCUUCGACCAGCCCACGGUCUGGCACGAGUUCACUCCGCUGGCCCUGGAGCACAAGGCCGUGAACCUGGGGCAGGGCUUCCCGGACUGGCGCUGCGAGGACUUCGUCAAGCAGGCGGCCAAGGACGCGCUAGACGCCGAUUUCAACCAGUACGCGCGCCCGCAGGGCCACAAGAAGCUCGUCGAGGUGCUGGCCAAGAAGUACUCCAAGGAGCUGAACCGCGAGAUCAACUGGACUAAUGAGAUCGCCGUUGGUGUGGGCGCCACCGAGACCAUCUACGCCGCAGUCAACGCCUUCGUGCAGCCCGGGGACGAGGUCGUCGUGUUCGAGCCGGCCUUCGACAUCUACACGGCCCAGGUGCAGAUGGCCGGUGGCGUGUGCCGCUACGUGCCGCUGCACGUGCGCCAAUGCGAGCGUACUGGAGCCAAGGAGUUCUACAUCGACGAGCCGACGCUGGCCGCGGCCUUCUCGUCCAAGACGCGGGCGGUGCUGCUGAACAACCCGCACAACCCGACGGGCAAGGUGUUCACGAAGGAGGAGCUCGAGCUCAUUGCCAAGUACGUGCGCCAGCACCCGCGUGUCAUCGUCAUCUCGGACGAAGUGUACGAGCACAUUUUGUUCGAUGGCAACGAGCACGUGCGGGUCGCCAACAUCGAGGGCAUGUGGGAGCGCACGCUCACGGUAUCGAGCGCCGGCAAGACGUUCUCCGUCACGGGUUGGAAGGUCGGUUGGGCCAUUGGACCGAGCAAUCUGAUCAAGGGCAUCUACCUCGCCAACAACUGGAUUCAGUUCAGCGUGUCAACACCCUUCCAGGAGGCCGUCGCCAACAUGCUGGAGCAGGCGGAGAAGCCGUACCAGGGAUUCCCGACCUUCUACGCCUUCGUCGCUGACCAGUACAAGCAGAAGCGCGACCGUCUUAGCCGUGCGCUGGUGGACGUGGGCAUCAUCCCUAUCACGCCGGGUGGCGGUAUCUUCCUGUACUCGGACAUUUCAGUCGUGAAGGUUCCCGAGAGCUUCAUCGAGCCCGGCAUGUCAUACGACUGGGCGUUCUGCCGUUGGCUCACUAUCACCAAGGGUGUGACGGCGAUCCCGAACACUGCGUUCUUCUGCCCCGAGAACAAGGCUGAGGGUAGCCAGUGGGCCCGCUUUGCCUAUUGUAAGACCGAUGAGGCGAUUGAGGAGGCCAUCAAGCGCCUUGCCAAGCUCCAUGACCCGUAAGAGGCUGCUCAACGAGGUGUAUGAAGCGAACGUGCUACCUGUAGCCUAGCGUUAGUUGGCAGGGUACUGUACCAUGUUU